AUGGAAACAAAUGAACCGAAGGAAAAGCGCCUUAAACUUUCCACUCUGGAAUCAAAAUAUGGCACUCAAAAGCUGACGGUUAUAGAUGAUUCAAUUCGAAAACAAGUACUAGAGGAAAUGGAAGCAAUUGAAUUGGAAUCAUCGAAGGAUCCAUUUUUGACGAAUGAAACCUAUCGCUUGUUUGGAGUGUCAUCGUUUUCUACCAAGCACAAGAAUCUAUUGUGUCUGCGCUUUGAUACAUGCUUUCACGGACAUUAUUUUGAAAUCUAUUACAUCUUUGUCAAAUUGCUUAAAAGGGACAAAGUAGUUCCCAAAAUCGUUGCUCACACGCUCCCUUCGUUUCUUCCCUUGGAAGAAUGGGAGAGAGAAUGUCUCUCUAGUGACUUGCAAACAUUCACGCAGUGCGUUUCUCUUCAUCUCAACAGUUUCAUCGCCCGCCGCGAGCAGUGCAAGGCGGUGCAGGCAGCGUAUCCCUCGUUGGAAUUGACCGCUUCGAUGGGAUACACGCACGUUUCGAUCGCUUUCGAGCAUUUUCGCCUUCAACUCGCGUAUUCCGCUGAUUCGCGCCGUCCGCACAGCGUGGAGCAGACGGUGAGCGAGGCUGCGGAGUCGUUUCCGCGUGCUGCUCGCGAGCAGAUCAGUCUUUUAUCACAACACAAGUCGGAUUUCGAACAUCGCGAUUUGUUGGAAGUGUUGUCCGAUUGGAUUUUGUAG